CACCGCCCCUUGCAGGCUGUCGUCCACUUUUAAGUCUUUCCGGAACAGAACAAGUUGUUCUUGGCCGCCAACAACAUGAUAGCUAACGUCGCUUUGCGCUCUUUUCUUCGCAAGAAUUCUGCACUUUGCAAUGGAAAAACUAACUUGGCGCGAUCCUGGAAACGAGGAGAGUCCAGUCGUGGCAUCCACGUGGACUCUCCGCCCAUCAUACCAACACUAACGACCAGCUACGCCCACGGCACUUCCUCCUUCACGCUGCAGCACGCCACCAUGGGCGACGUGCUGCUCAAGGCGGUGGAGCGCUGGCCCGAGCGAGAGGCCAUGGUGUUUGUACAAGACGGCGUCCGCAAGACCUUCGCCCAGUUCCAAGAAGACGUGGACCGCGCCGCCGCCGGCCUGCUGGCUCUGGGCCUGCAGAGAGGAGAGCGACUGGGGAUGUGGGGGCCCAACACGUAUGAGUGGGUCUUGUUCCACUUCGCUACGGCCAAAGCGGGAAUCAUCAUGGUGUCUGUCAACCCGGCGUACCAGCUGCAGGAGGCGGAGUAUGCGCUGCGUUUGGUGGGCUGUAAAGCGCUGGUGUGUCCCGAGACGUUCAAGAGCCAAAAGUUCUGCGACAUGCUGAGAGAGAUCUGUCCCGAGAUCCACUCUUCCCAACCCGGAGACCUCCGCAGCCGCAGACUUCCCGACCUCCGCACCGUCAUCGUCCUGGACAGCCGACAGCCCGGAAUGUUCCACGUGGACGACGUGAUGCAGGCGGGCAGCAGCCGCUUCCUGCGCCAACUUGACGAGCUGCAGAGGAAGUUGUCCUUUGACGAGCCCGUCAACAUCCUGUUCACCUCUGGAACCACGGGACGUCCCAAAGGUGCCACCUUGACCCAUCACAACAUUGUCAACAACGCCUUCUUCGUGGGCAAACGCGUCGGCUUCGACUGGCGGCCCACGCGAGUCUGCCUUCCCGUGCCGCUGUACCACUGCUUCGGCUCCGUGGGGGGCUCCCUCUGCAUGGCGGUGCACGGCAUCUCGCUCGUCUUCCCGUCACCAUCGUAUGACGGGAGAGCCAACCUGGCCGUCAUGGAGAGCGAAAAGUGCACGUUUGUCUACGGCACACCCACCAUGUACGUGGACAUGACCCACCAGCCCGACGUGCACAAGUACGACCUGUCAACAGUCGUCGGAGGCAUCAUUGCUGGCUCGCCGUGUCCCCCGGAGCUGGUGAGGAACAUCAUCUCCACCCUGGGAAUCGAGGAAGUCACAAUCGGAUACGGCACCACAGAGAACAGUCCCGUCACCUUCUGCGGCUCGCCGCUGGACAACAUGGACAGGAAGUCUGAGACGGUGGGCUACAUCAUGGACCACACCGAGGCUAAAAUCGUGAACCCGACGAGCGGCGAGAUCGUUCCUUUGGGUUCGAUGGGGGAAAUCCUGAUCCGCGGCUACUGCGUCAUGUUGGAAUACUGGAACGACCGGGACAAGACGGACGAGUGCAUCACCAAAGACGGGUGGUACAAGACGGGGGACCUCGGCUGCAUGGACGCGUUCAGCUACUGUCGCAUCCAAGGUCGCAUGAAAGACAUGAUCAUCCGAGGAGGCGAGAACGUGUAUCCGGCUGAGAUCGAACAACUCCUCCACACGCAUCCCAAAGUCAAGGACGUCCAGGUGGUGGGUGUGGAUGAUCCCCGCAUGGGGGAGGAGAUUUGCGCAUGCAUCAAAGUCAUGGACGACCACGAGUGCACGGAAGACGACGUCAAGAAUUUCUGCAGAGGAAAGAUCGCCCACUUCAAGGUCCCUCGCUACGUGGUGUUCGUCAGCAGCUUCCCCCUCACCGUGACUGGAAAGGUCCAGAAGCAAGAACUGCGUUUGGAGGUGGAGGAGAAGCUGGGCCUCAGGAAAGCCAAAUAAACCUCAAGAUAAGCUUUCACGCUUGUUUGAUGGCCUUGUUUUGCUUGCCUUGUUUCGUGUCUUUAUGCAACACACCAUGCACACUCACUCAUAUCAACGGCAUGCGCUCGCUUUCAUCUGCGUGGGCAGGAAGUGGUGCUAAUAAGACGCAAGAGGGCGUAGCUGGCUUGAUGGUUUUAAUAAUCAAAGUUAGGGUUUGGAAGCAGACAGGAAGUGGAUUUGUUUGUCCUGCUAUCAAAAUAAGAUGGAAGUGCUUGAACACUUUAAUACUGUCUCUUCAGAAUAAAAGAUCUUGCAGCAAAGCAGGACCUCGUAAACUUGCCAAAAAGGAGCAAAGGGAUUUAGUUGAGGCCACCUUCAAAAUAAAAGCCUUAAAAGACGCCGUAUCCGUCGCUAUGUCGCGCUGCCACGGCGAAGGCGGCAGGGUAGCUCUCGUAGGCGGCAUACGCGGUCACGUCCUGGCCAAUAGAGACCGCCUGCUUCAGCUGGGAGGCGACGGCCGACGGCGCCGGGCUCGCCAGAGCGUAACCUGAAAGAGAUGUGCGCGCCUUCACUUCCUGCACCCCGGCAGGACGCCAUCUUGCCAGCGUGUUAGUGGUGGGUACGGACCUUCACGUACCUGGAAAGGUGACUGCGGCCACGGCCUCGGCGGCGCCCUCCGCCUGCAGGCCGAGCACGUGGAGCACGUGCUCGGCCGCGUGCACCUUGGCUUCAUCCACGGCUGCGCUCAGCUUGGCGGGUGUGAAGGGGGGCCUGCGGAUGCAAGCGACUCAGUCAGGUGGAGACGGACAGGAAAGGACAGGUGGCGGCGGGGGCGGGUCCGUACGUGUUGGCGAGUGCGGGGAUGCUGAUCUUGUAGAGGAAGAGCUGGCGCUGGUCGGGCCCGAUGGCCGAGUGCAGCUGGUACACGGGCAGGCCCCAGUUGUUCUUCUGACACAGCUCCUCCAAAACCUGCGGCGACACCUCUGGUCACGACGCCGCCCUCACCUUCUGGGGGAGGGGCCGUGGCCUCUUACCUGCGGCGCUGGCUUGAUGGCACCGACCUUCACGCUCAUGGCAGCCGGGGUGAUGGGGGUCAGCUCCAUGCCGGGCAGCAGGUCGUACAGCUUCUCCUCCGCCUGCUUGUCCGGCUUCGGCCCAAAGGAGGCCCCGCCCUCGCGGCACAUGGCUCCGCCCCCCGCAGCGUAGCUAAGGUAGCCCCGCCCACCCAGCCCCCGCACCCCAGCGGCCCCUACAGGUACAGUCAUGUAAAUUUCUACAGGAGACCGAAAAGGCAGCGAAAUCAAUGAAAUCACUUCAAAUCAAGACCACAAUCGUCUCAAGCACACGAGAGCCAAGACGGAACAUUCUGGAACAUUCUCCAUCUUUGGUGAUUCAGGCGUUCGACUGUUGUUUACAACGCCACAAGACCAGCGGAAGAGUUCCAGCGGGAACUGUGGGAAUCCCAACAUGUGUCCAAUGUGCUCAUUGGUUAGCAUAGCAUAAACUGUGCUUGUUAGCAUAGCAUAUAACACAUUCAUUAGCAUAGCUUAGCGCAGGGUGGUUAACACAGCAUAGAACAGUAGUAACGUAGCACAGUGCAGGUUAGUUAGCCUAGCAUGGAACACAUGAGUGAGCUUAGCAUAGCGCAGGUCUUGUGCGUAUGAAAACACCCAGCAGAAGUGAUUGCGUCCAAACGGAAAAACACAAAAAUAAAUGAACCUUACCUCGAAUAGACGGAGUCCUGAUCAGACCGCGUCCUCCAACGUGACCUUUGGCCGCCGGGAAGCGGAACUGACCCGGUAGAGCGGCGUAGGCCUGCGGGGCGUAAAACACCGGCGCACCGAGGUACGCCACCGAGGGAUCAUACACCUGAGGAGGGGCAGAGAACUGGUGUUAAGCGUAAGUCCUCCAGCGUCCACUAGGGGGAUCGUCCUCUUUAAGCCCCUCCCACCUGGCCCAGGGUGUAGGCGGCAUAGUCGGCCUGCAGCAGUGAGCUUCCUCGUCCCCCCGUUCCCCGCGUGUGGCGCACGUAGCUGUCCUUGUCCACGGGUUUGGCCAAGGUCACCUCGAUGGGCGACCCGUCCAGAACCUGAGGUUGGCAACACGGACACGCUAGCGUCAGCCGGCAGAGGGCGGCCAGUUUGACGUUAGAACGCACCUUCCCGUUGAGGGCCUUCAUGGCGUUUACAGCGUCCUCGCGGUGCGUGAAAUGGACGAAGGCGUAGUCUCGGAUCUUCUUCACUCGCUCCACCGCGCCUGCAACCCAGAGGUCAGAGGUCACAAAGGCAGCGCCUUGGCGAUGUGUUGACGGUCACCUGCUUUGAGGGCGUUGAACUCCUUCUCGAUGCUCUCCUCGCUCGUCUGCAGCAUCAGGUUCCUCACGUACAGGAUCUUCACCGUCGCCAUGGUGUCCUCGUCCACCUCCACCUCAGGCUCCGCCCAGUCCACGGCGAUGGCGUGACCCCACAGCUGGAUGCGGCCUGUGAGGACAAACAGGAAGUCACGUGCAAGAGGACGGGGAGGAUGCGGGGGCGGUUACCUGGCAGCAGUUUCCGCCGAGCCAUGGCGGCCGCUCGGUGGCUCUCAUACUCCACAAAGGCGAAUCCUCGGUUUUUGGAUUUGUCGGCGGCGCUGGGAUACACGAUGACGUCCACCACGCCGUCCGUCACUUUCCUCAUCUCGGCGAGGAUCUCCUCACGCUUCUUGCUUUUGGGGAUCCCGCCCACAAACAGACGGCAGUUGUCCACGCUGGCGCAGACGCCCAGGAGGCGGCCGUUCCUGAAACAGGGGGGCGGAGUCAAAGACUUUUAUCAGCGCCUUGAUGGAUGGGGUCACAAUGACUUGUCGGCGAAGGUCACCUGAUCUCGUAGUUGUUGAGCUGCUUCAUGGCCGCCCUGGCUUCCUGCUUGCUGGCGAAGGUGACAAAGGCGUAGCCGCGAUUGUUCCCGUUGAAGUCCAUCAUCAUCCUCACCUCGUAGAUCUUCCCAAACUGAGCAAGCAAACAGGAAGUUGACGUGCUACGUUGGCUUAGCUUCCUGGUAUCGCGCCAUUCCCACCUUCUCGCACAGAGGAACCAGUUCGUCUUCAAACAGGUCUCGUGGGAGUUUUCCCACAAAGAUCUCACUUCCUCUUUCUGGGGGAGGGCCGUCCCAGCCGGGCGGGGGGCCGCCGUAGCGCCGCUGGCCGUUCUCCUGAGACGGCGAGCGUUAGCGCAGGACGAUGACGAGCGACAUGCGGCGACCUCACCUGCUGCAGACGAUAUCCCGUCCGUUGUAUCAGCGCCCUCAGCCCCGCCUCCUUCUGCAUCCCCGUAAGGCCGUCCCCUCCUGCUUUCUGAUUGGUUUCCAUUGGCUUUGAUUGACAGCUUAGCAAAUCAAGCUAAUUAGCGGCGCUCGCUGCCAAAACAACAACAGUGGAGGUCAAAGGUUGCCUUGUCUUGACCUGCGGCCAUGGCGUGUCGGCCGCAGGUCAUGUAACCGCGGCGCUUGGGAGGUCAUGUGACCUCCUCAUCCACCAAUCUGGUAGCGGGGCGGUGUGAGGUUGAAUGCAAUUAAAAUAAUGACCAUAAUUAAAAUUAUGGAAAAUAAUAAAAAGAAUGACUAAUAAUAGCAAACUUAGAAUAAAUAAGGACUAAUAAUAAAAAAUGGUGAAAAAUAGCAUCAAAUAAUAAGAAUUCAAAAAUGACAAAUAAUAAACGUGAUGAAGAAUCAGAAUAAAAAAAUGAUGAGCGAGCUCCGACGUGAAAGACUAGGAAACACACACUUAGCAUGUUAGCAUGCA